UCCGCCCCCCACCCCAAAGUAAUUCCCCUUUACCCUUCAUUAUGUAACUGAACAAAACUUUACCAUUAGUUAGAGAAUAAUAAUACCGAUAAUGAAAAAAAAAAAGAUGGGUGAAGAACAUUGAACAUUCCUCUGCUUCUCUAAUAGUUGACUCCCCUCACUCAAAUUGGGCGCAACUUCAUUCGACAACGCCUCUCCGAUGCAGCAAGCAGAAGAGCACCUCGACGUUCUCACCAAAACCGGCCUCAAAACCGGCGUGUCCAAGCCCAGGGGAGACGUGCAUCGCGAUGGCGACUACCACCGCGCCGUCCACGUUUGGAUAUUCGCGGAGAGCACGCGGGAACUUCUCCUCCAACGGCGCGCCUCGUGCAAGGACUCGUGGCCCGAUCUCUGGGAUAUUUCUAGUGCCGGCCACAUUUCCGCUGGUGAUUCGUCCCUCACCUCUGCUAGGAGGGAGCUUGAAGAAGAGUUGGGUAUAACCCUUCCUAAGGAUGCAUUUGAAUUGAUAUUUGUUUUCCUCCAAGAGUGUGUCAUAAAUGAUGGAAAAUACAUAAAUAAUGAAUAUAAUGAUGUGUAUCUGGUAACAACACUUGAUCCAAUACCUCUGGAAGCCUUUGCACUUCAGGAAACUGAGGUUUCUGCUGUUAAAUAUAUCUCUUAUGAAGAGUAUAAAAGGUUACUGGCCAAAGAAGAUUCAGGCUAUGUCCCUUAUGAUGUUAAUGGACAAUAUGGUCAACUCUUUGAUAUAAUUGAAAAGAGGUACAAGGAAAAUACUGUAGCCCGCAGUUUGACUCUACAGAAGCAAAUAAGUCGUUAUGCUCCUAUUUCCCUCAGUGCUGAGUUGACAGGGCUUACAGAUUCAGACAAAGAGGCUCUAGUUUUUGUUGUCAAGGCUGCAAAUGUUAUGGAUGAAAUUUUUUAUCUGCAGGCAUGGUACAGUAAUCCAUCUCUUAGAGAUUGGUUGAAGGAGCAUGCUGAUACAUCAGAGUUUAAUAAGUUGAAAUGGUCAUAUUAUCAGAUUAACAAGAGCCCGUGGUCUAGCCUUGAUGAAGACGAGGCAUUUUUGUCGACCGCAGAUUCAGCAAUAAGGUUGCUUUCUAAAGCAACUAGGAUAGUGAAAGAUUGGAAGGGUUUGGAAUACAGAGCAGCAUUUCCCUUGCUUAAACCUGCUGGCGCUAAUUUCUACCCUCCAGACAUGGACAAAAUGGAGUUUGAAUUAUGGAAGGACAGUCUAGAAAAGCAUGAACAGAAGGAAGCAACAGGCUUUUUCAGUGUUAUUAAAAGGCACAGUGAAUUUAUUUUAGAUUCUCAUCUGUCUGAUAACAAAACAGGUUCUCAUGAUCUCUAUAUAGUUCCUUACUCCGAAGAGUACAAGUCUCUUCUUGCAAAAGCCUCUGAUUUAUUGCAUAAAGCUGGAGACAUUAGCGACUCACCGGGUUUGAAGAGGCUGCUACAUAGCAAGGCUGAUGCUUUCCUUUCAAAUGAUUAUUAUGACUCAGAUAUAGCCUGGAUGGAAUUGGACUCUAAGUUAGAUGUCACUAUUGGUCCGUAUGAAACUUAUGAGGAUAAACUUUUUGGAUAUAAGGCUACCUUUGAAGCAUAUAUUGGAAUCAGAGAUGACGAAGCAACAGCUCAAUUGAAACUCUUUGGUGAUAAUCUGCUGCUUCUGGAGCAAAAUCUCCCAAUGGACAGUGCAUACAAAUCAGAAGAUGUGAAUGCAGCACCUAUCCGUGUUAUUCAGCUUCUAUAUAAUGCAGGGGAUGUCAAGGGACCACAAACUCUUGCUUUCAAUCUUCCAAAUGAUGAGCGUAUUGUAAAAGACCGGGGAUCAUCAAUGGUCAUGCUUAAGAAUGUUUCAGAGGCUAAGUUCAAGCAUAUUCUUCUUCCUAUAGCUGCUGCCUGUGUUGCAAAUGACCAACAAGAACAUGUAGAUUUUGAAUCAUUCUUUACACAUACAAUUUGUCAUGAAUGCUGCCAUGGAAUUGGACCACAUACCAUAACACUUCCAAAUGGCCAAAAGUCUACUGUCAGAUUGGAAUUGCAAGAAUUUUACUCGGCUCUGGAAGAAGCAAAAGCUGAUAUAGUUGGCCUUUGGGCAUUGAGGUUCUUAAUCUCCCAGGAUUUGCUUUCUGAAAGUUUAUUGAAGUCCAUGUAUGUUUCUUUUCUUGCGGGAUGCUUCCGGUCAGUGCGUUUUGGUUUAGAGGAAGCUCAUGGAAAAGGACAAGCAUUGCAGUUCAACUGGUUAUAUGAGAAAGGAGCCUUUGUCUGGGAUUCUGAAGGCAAAGUCUCUGUUGAUUUUACCAAGAUUGAAGGAGCAGUUGAAAGCCUGAGCAGGGAGAUACUCACCAUACAAGCCAAUGGUGAUAAAGAGACUGCUGGUUUGCUUCUCCUGAAAUACUGUGUGUUGACAGAACCACUAAAAGUUGCUCUAAAAAAUUUGGAGGAUAUUCAGGUACCUGUUGAUGUAGCUCCGACAUUUCCCAUUGGCAACAAAAUAUUGCAAUGAAAGCAAGCGAACCAAUGUGUAAAAAAUUGCCAGCCUGGAAAAUUUAUUCAAUUAGUAUAUUUUCACUAGUUGUUACUGUGAAAUAAUGGAAUGCUUGUUUCUUUGGGAUGUUGCUGUUUUCUGUUGAUUGAUUUAAAAGAAAAUCAAAUAAUGGUCUUAGAAAGGAGUUUUAGACCUUGUCUUAGUUACAGGGUUAUUAUGCCAAUGAUGAAUGACCCAACUGAUAUUGAAUUGUAUCGAUUGCAAGGUUUUGAUUCCAAUCUUGUUGAUGGUCCUUUGUUGGUAA